AUGUGCUGCCCUAUAUUCUAUUUACUUCUUGUUCUGGUAUCCAGAUCGAAAUCGGAAUAUGAUGCCAUGAUGAUUAAGUUCUAUGGUAGAGUGGAGUCUCAAUUACCUUCCACUUCCGGAUCACUAAUGGCCAAAGACACGUGUGUUACAAAAUGUCUCGAUGAUAAGGAAUGUGUUCUGGCUUAUAUGGAUACCGCUGGUUACUGUUUGAACUACAAAUUCUCUUCAUUUAAUGAAUCCACAAGUUUAUUGGAGGUUCCAAAAUCUGAUGGGCUUAUGGUUGCAGUUAAAACGAAUGAAAUGGUAUGUCCCACUGGCUCGUACCUCGACAUAAAAAUGGCUUAUGUGGACCGCCGGAACGAUGCCAAUUAUCCUUUUGAAUGGGUGAAAAAUGAAAACGGAUGGACCAUCAAAUGCACUUGCCCUGCUCCCGGGAUGAUAUUCAAAAGAUCAGAAACAAUGACAGUCUGUGUUAAACGCUAUGAUUUCAAGGGAACCAAUAAUGACGCACGAAAGUAUUGUGAAGAUCAGGGCUUGAAAAUGGUGGGAGUAGCCAAUCAGGCAGAAUUGGAUGCGCUUACCUGCGGUGAGCCAGGCGACUACACAUUCCAGGAUGGAGGCUUAACAACGUCUAUGAGUGGUGUGACAGUGAAGUAUGAUACUUAUAGAACGUAUUGUCUUUACGCAUUGAACGGAUUCGUGUGGGCAAAUUCCUGCGAUCAAACUAAUAAAGCGGAUGGAAGUGUGUUCUUUAAUGGCUACCGAUGGUUACUGUAUAAACUACACGUUUUCUUCCUUGACAGUUUGAGAUACAUCGAUGAAGCUUCGGAGUCGGAGGGCCUUAUGGUUGCAGUCAAAAUUAGUGCAAUGGAAUGCCCUCGUGGCUCGUAUCUAGGCAUAAAAAUGGCGUAUUUGGACCGCCGGAAUGAUGCCAAUUAUCCCUUCGAAUGGGAGAGAAAAGAAGACAGAUGGUUCACCUCUUGCCAAUGUCCAGAUCCCAAUACAAUAUUCAGAAGAUCAGAAACAGAGUUCGUCUGUGUAAAACGAUAUGUUUAUAAUCAGGGAACUAGUACAGGAGCCCGACAGCUUUGUCAAAAAGAGGGCUUGAAGAUUAUAGGAAUAGCCGAUCAAGCAGAGCUGGAUGCUCUUACCGGCGGUAAGACUAGCGACUACACAUUCCAGGAUGGUAUAACAACGUCUAUGGAUGAUGCGAAACUGAAUUAUGAAACUACAAACGGGUUUUGUCGAUAUGCAAUGAACGGAAUCGUGUAUGCACAAGACUGCGAUACGGCGACUGGGAGUCUGGAAGGAAGUGUGUUGUGUGGUUGGAAAUUAACCCAAUGA